GGGGCGUCCCCCAGUCCCUAACGGCCUGGACUGAAGGAUCCCAGGGAGCCUGGAUGCUCGGUGUGCUAGCAAGCGCCUGCGCAGUUGACACCGCGCCCUGCCCUCGGACCGCAGCUCUGCAGGCCUCUGGAUGGAUGGGGCCUGUCUGACCUCAACCGGGAAUAGUCCUGAGGCCAGCGUUAACUCCCACUGCAAUAAUAAUGAGGUUGGAAUCGUGGAUCCGUCGCCUUGAACUGUGACAUGAAUCCCGACAUGAAUCCCGACGUGAAUCCCGACGUGAAUCCGGUCAUCGUGGUCCACGGUGGCGGAGCCAGCAAGAUCUCUAAAGACCGGAAAGAGCGCGUGCGCCAGGGCAUCAUGAAAGCCGCCCAAGCAGGUUACAAAAUCCUAACAGAGGGAGGGAGCGCAGUUGACGCUGUGGAAGGAGCUGUGACCAUCCUGGAAGAUCAUCCUGAGUUCAACGCAGGCUGUGGAUCUGUCUUGAAUGCAAAUGGUGAUGUUGAAAUGGAUGCUAGUAUCAUGAAUGGAAAAGACUUGUCUGCAGGAGCUGUGUCUGCAGUCCGUUGCAUAGCAAAUCCCAUUAAACUUGCACGGCUUGUUAUGGAAAAGACAACACAUUGCUUUCUGACUGACCAAGGCGCAGCAAAAUUUGCAGCAGCCAUGGGGGUUCCCACGAUUCCUAAAGAGCAGCUGGUGACAGAGAGAAACAUAAAACGCCUAGAAAAAGAGAAGCAUGAGAAAGGUGCUCCGAACUCAGACUGUCAAAAAAACCUGGGAACUGUGGGUGCCGUUGCCUUGGACCGCAAAGGAAACGUGGCCUAUGCAACCUCGACGGGUGGCAUCGUUAAUAAGAUGGUUGGCCGUGUUGGGGACACCCCAUGCAUAGGAUCUGGCGGUUAUGCUGACAAUGACAUUGGCGCCAUUUCAACAACGGGGCACGGGGAGAGCAUCCUGAAGGUGAAUCUGGCCAGACUCACUCUCUUCCAGGUAGAACAAGGAAAGACCCUGGAAGAGGCAGCCGACAUGUCAUUGGGUUAUAUGAAGUCAAAGCUGAAGGGUUUAGGUGGUGUCAUCUUGGUCAGCAAAGCAGGAGACUGGGCAGGUGAGGUGGACCUCCGCCUCCAUGCCCUGGGCGGCCGCCAAGGAUAGGCAAGCUGCACUCCGGAAUCGAUCUUGAGGAGACCAGUGUCACUGACCUGCCCUAGGGCCCUGAAAAUUGUAUCCUAGAUGCUAGCUUGGAAGGAAAGUCCAGUUUCCUGGUGUGGAGACUUGGCUUAAUCAAUUAGAUCUAGAAGUGGAAAAUUCUGCAGUCUGUCACUCGUUUUGUCGCCUUAAUCAAUGAGUAUGUUGAGGGGCGGAUCUGGAAGUGUCAAGAGAAAUGCCCCUAGUAAGGUCAAAAUAAGACCAGUGCAGAUAAUCAAGUCCUGAGUGUUUCUUAUGAAUCAUCCCCGGCGUCCUAGAUUAGAAAGAAGAAACUACAUGAUCUGAACACGACAGCAGCCACUUCAGUGCAAGGAGUGCCAUCUGGGAUCAGGAGACCCACAGCGGGAACAGAGUGGCAGUUUCAAAAGGUAGGGGGACCCACACCACCACCUCCAGGGGCUCUCUUGGUUGCAGACUCUUCAUGGGACCCAGCCAAGGGUGAGGUGGGAAGGAAAGGAUCCAGUGGCAUAUCUAAAAGCACAGAAGCCUCAGAGCUAAUGGGACAAGUCUAGGUGACCUGCAGAAUGUUGCAGAGGUCGUAUUAAUUCAGAAGAAUGUCUGGGAAAAGAUCCCAUGAGAGAGAAACUGAUUUUUCUAAGAAAGUUGAGGUCUCAGACUCAGUGUUGUAGACUUGUUUCCAGAUACUUUAAAAGUAGCUUCUGGUAACCAGAGCCCCCAGUCUGAGGGUGAAGGGUCUAAUGGAGGCUCUGCAGCCUUCCUACAGGUCUGGGGGUUCUCUUGGGCUGCCAUGUGAGCCUGCUGGCCUGGCAUCUUCCUACUGGCCUCUGCCGGCUGCAGGCCCUCCUGGUUCUCACGGUGAGUAGCAGGGCUCGUGUGCAUGCGUAGGGAUCUGGUCCAUCCUCCCGCUGUCCAGAGCCCUGGGCCCCCACGGCUGACUACCCGGGGCAUGUGUACAACGUGGUCUGCAUGGCGAAAAAAAGUCAUUUCCUUGGAGACUUCCUAAUAACCUCUCUUUACACUGGAAAUGCUGUUUCUGCUGUGACAAUUUUUUAGUCUGUCAGGUCUUACCUUCUCUCUAGAAAGGAAUUGCUUAAGGUUAAAUUCCAUGUGCCACUAAUAAAACAUAUUUUGAAAGAAUAA